AUGGCCAGCCGUAACCCAGCACGCUUCGCCUGCCUCCGCAACGACCAAUACCUACCCGACAAGCUUGCCCUGACCCUCGUCAUCACAGGCUUCACCAUCACUCUCACCGGCAGCGGCCUCCUCAGUCAACGCAAAGAGCAUGGAGAAGAUACUUCCUCGUCCAACUCCUCCCUCCUACAAGUCAACAUUGGCACGGUCAUCUUUCUCAUCGGUGGAAUCUGGUUCGUUGUCAUCUGGAUGAAUCGCUUCGAACGGAACGUAGCGGUGAUAUUGAGUUGGCUGAUAUGGGUGGCAUUGCACAACAGGGCGUGGAACAACCUGCUCGUCCCUCGGAUGCAUCUGACCGAUCUCUCCUACCUCAACGCCCAGAACCGGCUUAUCUCCUCCCGCCUCGCCCUCGAUAUUCCGCACUCGGAUGGUAGAAUGACGAGCUAG